AUGGGAGAUAAAAAUAGACAUUUUAUAAACGUAAGAUUUAUGGAAAAAAGAAGACGUGGUGAUUGUGCAAAAAUGGGUUAUGUUGAAAUAAAAGGAAAUGAAUUAGAGAAAUAUGAGCUUAAUUAACAAGCUGAAGAAAAGAUUAAAGGUUUGGUUCCAAAUUUAAAAGUAUGGCAAGAACUUUAACUAAAAGAAGAGAGAGAUUUUUUUGCUUAGAAAUUGGAAGAAAGUGAAAAAUAAUAUAAUUUGUAAAUUUUAGAAAAUACAGAAUUAUUAUAGACUGCAAAAAUAGAUUAAACUGAAUUUAAAAAAAGAGAAAGAGCUGCUCUAGCUGCUAAGCAUUUCUUUUAAAAAAAAAUGUAAGAAUCUGAACAUGAUUUAUUCAUUUUAAAUAAAAAUAAAUAUGAUAUGAGAAGGUUUAUUCCUUAUUGA